AUGACUAGUACCGCCACCCAUGACAUUGCCAGCAUCAUACCGCAACCACGACACCGCCAACCUCCGCAAAGCCCAAACAAGCACCACCGCGCACCACCGCGCACCACCAGAAACCACCACAACCUCUGUGGACCCAAAUCCACACUCAGCCCAAACAAGCACCAUCAACCUCCGCAAAGAUCCAAACUCCACGCAUACCACCAACCACACAAUCGCGCUCCAUUGUCUGCGCACACCACCAACCACCACCGCACCCCCAGGAACCCAGAUUUGCACCCACCACCCAAACCAAAUCCACCAACCUCCGCACGCAACCUAAACCACAAGUCCAGAUAUGAUGCAUCCACCCCCUAA